CUCGGUAAAGCGGCAAGUAGCAUUUUUAAGCCUGGGUGUGAACAUAAAAUGGACUUGAGAUGGUGCGAAGUACCACGUUAAGUGGUUACAUAUGCCGCUGUGACGGCACGGAGGAAGUUCUUCACCAAGAUCUCGGAAGAAUAUCUACGAUCGUCAUGUCGGUCUUUAACAGCCCAGAUCCCUGUGGCGAAAAGAAAAUAUCUGACAGGAACACGGGUCAUCACGACGAUAAUGUUAUGUCGUACACGGCCGACGUUUCCAACAUGGCCACUAGGGGCAGUCCACGCUUUGGAGCCUUGAGUCACCACUCCUUCUUCUCCAGACACAACCCUCACCCACACAGAGUCACACACAUCCAAGGUCUAAAUGGGAUUCCAGUGUGCAUGGUGAAUGACGACUGGUACGUGACCACCUCACUGUUCCCCCAUCCGCUCAUCAAGAGUCAGGUAUUCAGGACGAGUUCAGGAGCACCUUUCUCCCUGCCUGCAGGACACAGCGUGUUUGGAGGCAGAUACAGCACCGGACACAGAACAGCUCUGUUAUCAGAAGCCUGGAAAGAGGAGUUGAAAGAUCUGUCUGCAAAAGUCAGCGUUUCUACACCGGACAAAAAGGACAUGAGAGAUGAGAAUGAAGAGGAGGGUCUAGGACUGAUCCGGAGGAAGACCCAGUACUCUGCCAAGACAGGGAGGAUCAUCCCUCCCUCCUCCCAGGCUUAUAAGCGUAGCCACCAGGCUCAGACCCACCGUCACCCCCCUGCCCCAGCUCUACAUCAGCAGGAACUUAUGGUGCUGGAGCUGCUGUGUCAAAUCCUUCAGACUGACUCCUUAUCAUUGGUCCAGCAGUGGCUGCUGCUCGCGGGCCAGAGGGAGAAGGACAUGGUGAUGGGGUUGAUUCAGUGAAUCUAACUCCCAGUUGA